UUGUUCCCAAAAAAAGAUAAAAAAAGGUAAUGAAUAAGUUUAUUUUGUUUCAGAAUGUGUUUCACAAGACAGGGUACCCUAGUUCUGUGUGGUACAUCCUGGGAAAUGAAUUUUGUGAAAGAUUCUCUUAUUAUGGAAUACAUGCCAUUCUUGUUAUAUACCUGACGCAGAUGUUGAAGAUGGAUGAUGAUUCUGCCACAGCCAUCUACCAUGCAUUCAACAUGUUGUGUUAUUUCAGUCCUCUCUUUGGAGCCAUGUUGGCAGACAGUCUGCUCGGGAAGUACAAGACAAUACUUUAUGUUUCCAUAAUUUAUGCAACUGGAAAUGUCACCGUAGCUAUUACGUCAAUUCCAGCAGUCCUGGCCCAAGUAAAAAUAGUUGGGCCCAUGGUUGGACUGCUGUUAAUUGCUCUUGGCACUGGAGGAAUCAAACCUUGUGUGUCAGCGUUUGGAGGCGAUCAGUUCAAUGCUGAUCAAGAGCAUUUACUCCAAAGCUAUUUUUCCAUUUUCUAUUUUGCCAUCAAUCUGGGUAGCCUUUUAUCAAUGAUUGUCACGCCAAUGUUAAGAGGUAGGUGUUGCCCAGUCACACAUACAUGUAUGCCAACAUGGAGGGUAAUGCUAUUUUUACAAUAAUGUAAUCUGUAAAACGUAUUCUGUAUCUGUAAAAUUCACCAAUGAUUAAGCAAGAAAUACAUGGCUAUAUAAAAUUUUUUAUUAUUAUAUAGCAGAAAGCAGUUGAAUGNUUUUUUUGUUCAGAAUGCCAUCAAGAAUAAAGUUAAGAGUAUUGGAAAAGGCGAUAAGAGGGAACACUGGAUGGACUAUGCAAAAGAGGAUUAUGGAUCUCAUAUGGUGGAAGACAUCAAGGCACUCUUCAAAGUUCUUUUCUUGUUUCUUCCUUUGCCUGUUUUCUGGACUCUCUUUGAUCAACAGGGAUCACGCUGGACUCUUCAAGCUGAAGAAAUGAAUGGAAAUAUUUGCAGACCUUUACAGCGCAUGUGUGCUGGAAUGCUGCUGGCAGCAUGUUCAUUUGUAAUGGCGGCAUUCAUUCAGAUAGCUAUACAGGUAAGUUAUCCAGCAGGAAGCUACAGACACAUUCUACAUAGCUGUGUUGAGUUUCGUCUGCCUUUUAAAAAUAUACCAUUUUCAUAUCCUCGGUAUAGGACUGGAACUAGCUUGGAACUGAGGCUAAUGCGAGGAGUCUUCAAACUCGGCCACGCUGCCUCCAUUUCUAACCUCCAAACACUGAUCUGCUUUGGUUUUCAGGAUUCAGAGUAUUAUCACGUCCCAGUCACGCUGGAUUCAAUCAACGUGAAAACAGUGAACUGUCCCACUUCACUGACCAAGUCAUUCUCUGUCAAGAUCAAAGAGAAAGGAGCGUCCUCUUUCGUUGUUGGAAUUGAAAAGAAUGCGCUGAUUGGCGAACAAUUUGAUGACAUUGUUGAACCACUGAAUGGAGGUAUUACAAAAGUCAGAUUUCUUUACGCUGGAGGAGAUGUUGCACCGUCUGUGGACAUAAAACUCAACAAAACCUUGAGGUACAGUGGAGUCGGACCUUUCAAGAACACCGAAUAUAAGAAACUACUGGCAAAGAAGUAUCCAAUAAAAAUCAUGACAGCUGGUACAGACACGAAGCUCUUGGAUCAGAAGGUGUAUUUUGCUAAUGGUGGCGUGUACAGUGCUAUCAUCCAACCAAAUCCCGACAAAACUAGCGAGCUAAUAAUAAAGAAGUUUGCAGACGUGAGUCCCAAGUCAAUUUCCAUGCUGUGGCAGAUUCCUCAAUACGUCACUAUCACAGCUGGAGAAGUCCUGUUCUCCAUAACAGGGCUGGAGUUCGCUUACUCUCAGGCUCCCGUCAGCAUGAAGUCGUGUGUUAUGGCUGGCUGGCUUAUGACUGUGUCUGUUGGAAACGCUAUUGUUGUAAUAUUCGCUGAAGCGAGACUCACGGAUAACAUGGCAAACGAGUUUUUCUUCUUUGCUGGCUUAUUAUCCCUGGUAAUGAUCAUCUUCAUGAUUAUGUCCUAUUUCUACAAGUACGUCUACUUUUCUGUUAAUGGCGAGAGAAGUGACGACGUUCCCCUCCAAGAAGCAGAGAAAGGAGAUGAAAAUGAUGAAGAAAAAACAAAAUAAUGACCACUAAUACUGUAAACAAGUCUUACUCUCGAUAGCCGCCAUAUUGGUUUUCUAGUUUUAAUGCAAAUUGACCACGCGACUUCUGAGUUUGUAAGCAAUAUGAAAUUAAUUUCACAGUUAUGUUAGGCCCCGUCCACAAUACUCUGGAAGAAUUUGAAAACGGAGGUUUCACUCUGAAAACGCAUCAAAUGUUUUCCGUCCACACUACGCCGUAGGAACUUAAAAACGCAACAGCCACUGGUCAUUUUGGAUGUGUGUUUGGCUAAGACUCGCUCAAGGAAAUCACAUGAUUAUCGUGACUUCAUGAUUCAUCAUUUGCAAAAAGCUCUGUUUUCAAAAUGUUUUCGAUCCAAGCGAAAACGAAAAGCCGGCGUUUUCAA